GUGAGUGACCGAUUUUAUCAAAAUUGUUGCUGACCGUUGAACGGAUUAGUUGUACCAUGAACCUGUGUGUGUGCUAUUCGGUUGUAUUUCUCCUCGUGCCCCUUCUGGUAGCACCCACCCACUUACCACGAGUGCAAACCCCCUACGGUGAAGUGCAAGGAACUUACGAUGUAUCCUACAAUGGACUGGAGUACUCGCAGUUCAUCGGAGUGCCGUACGCUCAACCUCCGAUUGGAAAAUUACGGUUCGCAAAACCACAACCCUUAGAAAAAUGGUCCGGAACUUGGAACGCAAACGUUUCGACGCAGUGCCUCCAGGUCAACCACUCGCCCGAACCUGAGGGCGGCAAUCUCAUGGGCCAAGAAGACUGCUUGUACGUCAACAUCUUCACGCCGACCAAAAAUCCGACCGGCCGAGAGCUCUUCGACGUCUUCGUCCACUUCCAUAGCGGCGGCUUUAACUUCGGAUACGGAAAUUCUUACGGCCCCAAGUACCUGAUGGACAUAAGCGGAAUUUUGGUGACAGUGAAUUAUCGCUUGGGAGCUCUUGGCUUUCUCAGCAUGGAAGACGAAGUCCUUCCCGGAAAUAACGGAAUGAAAGAUCAGUCGGCCUCGCUCCGGUGGAUCAAGGAGAAUAUCGCGUAUUUCGGUGGAAAUCCCGAUUCGAUAACGGUCACGGGUCUAUCGGCUGGAGGUGCAAGCACGCACUACCACUACCUCUCCCCUCUCUCGAAAGGUCUAUUUCAUCGUGGAAUUUCGGUGAGCGGCAACGCGUUGGGCGCGUGGACCCUGCAGGAGGAUGCCGCGCAAAAGGCGCGAAGGGUGGCGGCCUCGCUUGGUUGCCCGACGGCAUCUAGCGUCGAAUUGGUCAACUGUCUUAGACAAAGACCGGCCGUCCAAGUAGUGGAGAGCGUUCGAAUGUUUAGGCCUUGGCUGUACAAUCCGUUUGCGCCUUUCGGGGUGGUCAUCGAAAAAACCGGCGCCAAUCCGUUCCUCACUGACCACCCGUACGUGUUGUUGUCCCAGGGAAAGGUACAGGACCUCCCCUGGAUCACUUCGGUCACCUGUGACGAGGGCCUUUACCCAGGCGCGGACUACGCCGUAAAGGACCACUACCUACCCGACUUGGAACGAAGAUGGGAGGAACUCGCAUCGGCCAUCUUGGAUUACAAUCACACGCUUCCGGCAGAACUGCACACCAGCACCGCGCGUAAGGUGAAGGAGUACUACCUGAAAGGCAAGCCGAUUGGUGCGGGGACGUACAACCAACUGAUCCAGAUGGUCGGUGACAGGCACUUCGUGGUCUCAGCCGACAAAUCGGCAAGGCUGCAAGCGAAAGCGAACAAGUCGCCAGUUUACUUCUACUACUUCACCUACAUGGGCGAAAAGGUCGUCACCUACGCCGCCUUGUGGAGCCUCUCCGAAAAGAAAUACGGCGUAUCUCACGGCGAUGACAUGGCGUUCGUUCUCUCGAUACCUUCCCGGCAAACGUCCGCGAUGACCACCCGUGAUGAAAGAAUGAAGGACAUUCUUCUGGGACUGUGGAGAUCGUUCGGAAAGACAAGCAUUCCAGAGUUGAAGGGCGCCACUUGGAAGCCAGUCUCGCCAAAUCCCGGGGAUGAUUUGCGGUACCUCCACAUCAAGUCUCCCGAUGAGCUUCGAAUGGAAGUAACUGCGGAUUUGGGCCAUCGUGCGUUUUGGGACACGAUUCCUUUCAGGGAAGAUGAAUAUUUUAUGAAAAAGGUUAAGACAGAACUGUAAAAGUGUUAUGGUUAUGUGUAAUCCAGCUCAAAAUACUUUUUAACCUGCCUUU